AUGGCAUAUAUGUUUAUGAUAUGUCAUCAUUAUCAUAUGAGAUAUACGUCAUCAUCAUCAUCAUCAUCAUCAUCAUCAUCAUCAUCAUCAUCAUCAUCAUCAUCAUCAUCAUCAUCAUCAUCAUCAUCAUCAUCAUCAUCAUCAUCAUCAUCAUCAUCAUCAUCAUCAUCAUCAUCAUCAUCAUCAUCAUCAUCAUCAUCAUCAUCAUCAUCAUCAUCAUCAUCAUCAUCAUCAUCAUCAUCAUCAUCAUCAUCAUCAUCAUCAUCAUCAUCAUCAUCAUCAUCAUCAUCAUCAUCAUCAUCAUCAUCAUCAUCAUCAUCAUCAUCAUCAUCAUCAUCAUCAUCAUCAUCAUCAUCAUCAUCAUCAUCAUCAUCAUCAUCAUCAUCAUCAUCAUCAUCAUCAUCAUCAUCAUCAUCAUCAUCAUCAUCAUCAUCAUCAUCAUCAUCAUCAUCAUCAUCAUCAUCAUCAUCAUCAUCAUCAUCAUCAUCAUCAUCAUCAUCAUCAUCAUCAUCAUCAUCAUCAUCAUCAUCAUCAUCAUCAUCAUCAUCAUCAUCAUCAUCAUCAUCAUCAUCAUCAUCAUCAUCAUCAUCAUCAUCAUCAUCAUCAUCAUCAUCAUCAUCAUCAUCAUCAUAA